AUGGCUGUUGAAGACCAGGCGAAAACUCCAACAACGGACGUCGUCCACGAUGAAACAAAGGCUGAUUUGAGUGAUGGCCAUGCCGACCGCGAGUUGGCGGCGCCUGACGAGGCCAACGUGAAGAUAGGUCCCCGUGUCUACCUGGCACUGCUGGCUCUCGCGCUCACCUACGAAGCGGCCCUCUUCUCAUUCGUUGUCCCAUCGGCAGUUCUCCUGACCAUCAACAACGAUAUUGGCCCCUCGCCCGAUUUCACCUGGAUUAGUACAACAUGGUCCCUGUCAAACGCCAUCCUACAAUCCAUUGCCGGGAGGUUCACGGACAUCUUUGGACGCCAGUACUUUCUCAUCGCCGGCAGUGUACUUGGCUUUGUUGGAACCUUGGUUGCGGGACGUGCAAACACAAUCAGCACUGUCAUUGCUGGUACAACACUGAUGGUACAGUUCUCACCUCCGAUUGGUGUUGGCGCUUCGACUCAGCAGAUUGCCUAUGCAGCGGCCUUUGACAUUGUCCCAAGAAAACAUCGCGGCACGGUUCUUGCGGCCAUGAACCUUGCGGCCUUGCCAGGCUCCAUGUUCGGCGCAGUCAUCGGUUUCAAUAUUGUCAAGACCUUGACCUGGCGGUACACCUUCUACUUCGGCUGCCUGGCAAAUGGUCUUUCCUUUCUCACCCUCGUCUGCUUCUACUGGCCUCCUGGCUGGGUUGGUCUUCACCCGGACGGCAAAUCUCGAAAGCAACAAAUCCGAGAACUUGACUAUGUCUGUGUGGUCAUCUUUGGUGGAGGUUUGAUCGCUUUUCUCCUGGGAGUUCGUUGGGGUGGCAAUCCCACUCUAUGGAUCAGCGCAAAGGUCCUUGCACCACUAUUGAUCGGCGGCGUGACGCUUAUUGUGGCUGUGCCACCCUGGGAAAGAUACAGCAACCCCAAGAUCGACAAACUCUUCCCCCCUGAGCUGAUGACCAGGUUCAGAACGGUCGUUUUGCCCCUUGUUUGUUUAUUCUGUAACGGGGUUGUGCUGGUGAGCUUUCAAGUCUUCUGGCCUCAGCAGGUUCAACGCUUGUUCACAACCGAACCGGGCCGGGCUGGCUGGUUAAGUUUCUGCAUGAAUGGCGGUGGAACUACGGGAAUCAUCGUGUCCGGCUCGCUCUUUGGCAUCAUCAAAUACACCAAAUAUCAAUUGAUCGUCUACGCGGCUUUCCAAUGCGCCUUUACUGCUGCAAUGGCAUCGAUCACCAGGGAUUCGCUGGCGAGAGCUAUUGUUCUCUGCCUCAUUGCGAAAUUUGCCAUAGCCGGCAGUAGCACAAUCGCAACGCUGUUCGUGCAGUUCGGGGCUGGCGAUACCCGCCUUGGUGCCGCGACCGGAAUACGUGGCACGCUUAUAAGCGCGGGGGGUUCCAUUGGUCUCGCGAUUUGCACAUCAGUGGUUGGAAACAAAGUCAGAGAGUCACUGACGCCAGCUUUGGUCGCCGCUGUGGUGGAUGCGGGGCUGCCUGCAGACUCGGCGGCAGGCUUCAUCGCUGCCUUCGUCUCCGGCAAACCGGCCGCGCUUGAUGCCGUCGUAGGAGCGACCCCUGAAGUGAUAGAGGCUGCCACCCAUGCCUCUCAAGCGGUCUAUGCCGACGCUUUCUCUCUCGUGUACUUGAUCACGAUCGUGUUCACAGGGGCGGCAUUGAUCUGCACUUUCUUCAUUCCCAGUGUCGACCAUCACCUGACCAAGCAUACCGCUGUCCAGCUCGACAAGGCCCACAUUGUUGGACAUGGUGAAGGUGAAGCUAAGGUGUUCAGGGAGGAAGACAGUGAGGACAGUCUUGAGAAAAGGUAG